AUGCUCUCGUCGUUCGAUGAAGACGUGUUGCUACCAUUGUCGCAAGCCUGGGUGGCCACGGACAGAGCUGACGAUGGCAGCGAUGGCGGAGCCAGCGGCGCUGGCGGCAACAACGACGUUAUUGGAGACGACAAACACCUGGGCUUCUUUGUGCCCUCGAGGGGCGGCAGCGCUUCGCCCGAUCGCCACACCGGCAUGGGCCUACCCCAGCUCCUGAAUCCCGUCCGUCUGCUGGCCGAGACUUCAGACGUACGCAAAGACUCGGCCUCUCAGCACGAAGGCCCAGCAGCCGUGUUGCGGGGCUUCAUGCGUCGCUCACGCGACCACUACGAGCCGAGACGGGAACCCGAGUCGGUGUGUGGACCCCUGCCGAAUGGGAUUUUGUCCGAGUCAGAGGCUCGUGACCUCUUUCGCCUCUUUAUGGAGCACAUCAAUCCCAUCGCCACAAUGCUAGACCCCCUCAUUCACACGUACGACUUUGUCACCCAUCAUGGAUCCCUGCUCACCGCUGUUUGUUUGGUGGCUGCGUGGCAUCGCUCGGGUGAGCUCGCCUGCCGACUUGCGAAUCGACUCCAGGAUCAUCUUUUGACACGGUGCCGUCCUAUCGUCAUCGUGGACCGGUACUGUUCCAUCGAAAUCGUCAUUGCCUUUGCCCUGUACGUGCAGUUCCAUCCGUGCACCGACGAUUCGGCCAAUGACUACUCGUGGACGAUGCUCGGCGAGGCGAUCAAAUGUGCCACCGAGCUCGACCUCCAUUCGGCAAUUUUGUCUCGAAAUGUCGGGCCGCUCGAUGAGCUCGGCCACCGGAAUGCGCGGAUCCGAGAGAGAACCUGGUUGAACCUCUGGCUCAUCGAGCAGUCCCUCUCUCACCAGACUGGACGGAGAUCGUCGCUAACGGUCAAUGGUGCGCUUGCCGACUGCACAGACUGGCACCUGUCGCCUCACAAGGUCUCUGGCGACGCCAUCGUUGUGGGCCAGAUAAGCCUGCGCCGAAUCGUGAUGGAGUUGCAAGAUUUCCUCGCCCGCUUCUCGCAAGGCUGGUCCACAGCAACUCAGGACAGCAAGGUGGGCGUAGACAUUGCUGCGAUACAGCUCUGUCUCAAGAGAAUACGGUGGGAGGUCGACGUGUGGACGAAGACGUGGUCGCACGCCGAGCCGACGUCAACAAGGUCGAAAAAGGUUCAGCUGUAUGAAAGACACGCAAAGAUCGUCCUGUGCUCCACGCUUCUGCAGAAAUGUCCUCGGACGCUGGAAGCCCUUGACAGGCCCUUUUUCUUCCUCUACGAAUCCGUCAUUGGCUACCUCACCUGCCUGGUGGACCCCGCCAACGUCCAGAUCAUCAGGUAUGGGCAACGGGGUUUGUUUAUGACGGCAUCGUACAUCUGCUGCAUCGCCUUCAAGCUUAUCCGCAUUGCCCACCACGCCCCUUGGCUCUCCGUUGAGACGCUCCGCGACCUGGUGCAGCGCGUCGUCACCGCCUUCAACGAGACGGCUGCGCAGGACAACGCCGCCUACAACACGCCUCAAAGCCACGCACGGUUCCUCUCGGCGCUGCUGUCGUCCUUUGAAGAACGCGGCUCCGCGUCCUCUCAUACUCUCGCCCACGGCCAUGUCCAGCCCGCUGUGGUCUCGCCGUCUGAGGUGCCAUGCACCUUUGCGAUGCACAUGGCGAGCGUCGCGAGUGGCCAAGGCAAGCAGUCGCACGGAGAGAACUCAGACCCGUCGCUCCUGAAGCCACCAGCCCUUACGCAGCAGCAGGCACCACUAGCAGGUAGUGAGGCGCUCACCAUGCCCACGCUCGAUGACGCCUCCGUACAGGUAGGGCGGGAUUUUGUGACGUGGUUCGACGACUUUCUGUUCGACUCGCACCUGCCGGCGGCAACAUGA